AUGAAUGCAGCCGCUGUAGAACUUAUUAAUAGAUUAAAGAAAGAAGAUGAAAGUAAUAACAAAUGUUUUGAUUGUGGAAUAUCUAACCCCGAUUGGGUGUCUGUAAAUCAUGGUAUAUUUUUAUGUAUUAAUUGUUCAGGCGUUCAUAGAAGCUUGGGUGUACAUAUAAGUAUAGUAAGAAGUAUAAAAAUGGAUAUAUUUACUGAUGAACAAUUAAAAUAUAUAGAUAAAGGAGGUAAUAAAAAAUGUCAAACAUAUUUAGAGAAUUAUGGAAUAAGUGAUUUUAUUCCAGAAAGAAAAUAUAGAACUAAGGCAGCUGAUCAUUAUAGAAAAAUAUUAAGAUCUAUUGUUCAUAAUGUGGAUCCACCUGCUCCUUUACCUUUAGAUGAAGGAAAGAGUUUAAUUAAUUAUGGAAGAAAUGAAAAUGUUAAUGAAAGUAAUAAAAAUCAAUAUUCUAAUGAAGAACCAGAUUUUAUUUCAUCUUUAAAUACAUCAGAAAUUAUAGAAAAUGUAAGUGCCACAUUUUCCAAUUUAAUAAAUAAAGCAUCAAGUAUGACAACUAAUACAAUAAAUAAUUUAAAUACUAAUGAUUUAAUAGAAUCAACUAAAGGUACAAUAAUUAAUAGUGGAAGUUGGUUUACUGAAAAAACUAAACAAAUUGCAGAAAAUGUCAGUGAUAAUCCAUGGUGGGCUAAAGGACAAAGUAAAAUAAAAGAUGUUACACAAAAUGCUAGUGGAUGGAUUUCUACCAUUUCUUCAACUGUUUCAAGGACAAAUAGUAAUUUCUUUUUUUCAAAUAAUGAUCCUAAUAUGAAUAAUGGAAAUAAUGAAGGCAUGAAUAAUAAUAAUACUAAUGCUAAUAGUAAUGGUAACACUACUAACAAUAAUAAUGAACAAGCACAAAAUAAUAAUAAUGUUAAUUUUAAUUAUAAUAGUUCAAAUGCAAAUAAUGAAUAUUUAAAUUACGGAAUAAAUGAAAAUAAUUCGACGUUUAAUUGA